CUGUGGUUUACUAGCUGUACGGUACUACCUGGGGAACGAGCAAUCGAGUACCUCUGUGUUUUGUAACAAACGUUUCCAAAAUCCGUAGUAUAGGAAUGGCCAGUCGUUCUGAAGUUUUACAAAUAAUAAUUGAUACGUUGGAAGUAGUUUUGACUCAGUUACAAGAUGAUGCCACACCAUCAAGAAGAGCAGACAAUUUCAGUAAAGAAGAAUUCUGGACUUGUUUAAGUGGAACAGGAAAAAUGGUUUCCCAGGAAUGUACAAAGCUCUGUGUGGCCUUUAGUCAGCCCCCUUUGCCUUCAGUACCAGAAACUCAGAGCCUUGUGAACAGCCUGGAAUCAUCAUGUAUUGCUCUGUUAUCAGCAUUUCAUGGCCUGCCAAAAAGCCAAGGGUUGACGUUGCACAAAGAUCUGCGUCUUUGUGUUUUGAAUAUACUGAAGGCAGUUCGAGACCUCUGUGUUGAGGCUAAAAAUGAAAGUGGUCAGCAGUUACCAUCAGUAGGAAAUGUGUGGGAGAAGUGCAAUGGUCUUCAGAAUGCACCUAAAGAUAAUAAGACCUCUGUGCUAACAGUCUUUAAGGAUCAAAUCACUAUGGUUCAGGAUGCACUUGAUGAAUUUCAAGAGAGCAUGGAACAAGAGGACAAUCUAUAUCCUGAUUUAACAGAUAUACCUCUACGAAAUGGUUUCCAAAUACCAGAUCAAACAGGGUGGCGUGAAGAAGACCGACAGCUCUUGCCAGCAUUCUUAGGCCUACUAAAAGCAAGCAAAGCUUGCAUCAAGAAAACUAAAAGUAUUAUUGCAACUCGGGGUCAGUGUGACAGAGAACAGGAUAACAACCAGUUGGACUCACUGGCAUCAAUUGUUCAAACUCUGAGUUCUCAUGUUGAUGAUUUUGUUUUAUCUACUUACCCCCCAGUUGUACACAGCAAUGUAAGACAACAGGCUACUGUACUUGCUGAUGGACUCAAGGAGCUAAUUAAUACAGCAAAUUCUUCCCAUCUCUGUGAGGGAGACCAUUCAUGGACAGAAUUCUUACUUCGUGCUAUUAACCAUAACUAUCAAAAAAUUAUAGAACUAUUAUCACAAAAUUAAUUUUAUUACUGCAUGUUGUUUUUGUUAUCUAAAAAUAUAUUUUUUUAAUGAAAUAUUUGAGUUUGAUAAUACUGAAAACGAAGAAAGUAUAAGAUGAAAUGUAAGACUUAUUUGGUUGGGUCCAAGACAAUGAUCUGUUCACUACAUGUGACCACAGGCAACAGAUGUUCUUCAAAGUUAAAAGAAUGAUCAAUAAAGUGGAUUACUGUCAUUGUUGGUAAUAACACUUGCAAUGUUCAGCAAGUCUAAUCAAUCCCCAUGAACUGUAUUUUGUACAUUACUUUCGAUAUUAUUUACAGAGUAUCUCCUGUGCUUCCUUAUGUUUUCUUGUUCCAUUUGAUUUAGUUGUAGGAAAAUACGUUGAGUACAGUCAUGUUUAACAAUAAAAAGAGCAGUUGGGUAUGGUGUAAGAAAAGAAAACUUAGGUAACCUACUGUAAAUUUGGGAUCUGUAUUAGUAGCACAUAUGGAUAUUAAUUUAGGCAAUUGUGUAUGGUAGUUUACCUUAAGUCAUGGUUACUGUACUAGUUAGUGUCUCUAGGGGUGCUAAGAAAUUAUGCAUUAAAUGAGUGAACGAAUGUGUCAAGCUUUCAGUCAAUACCAUGUAUUUUUUUUUUGUAAACAAAUGUAUUACUGCUAAAGAUAGAGUGAUGGAGAAAUUUAUUGUAGUACCCAGUUUUACACAGUUUGGAAUUAUUGCCUGUUAUAAAGCACUAAUACACGCAGGUGAAAAUGUUUCUUGGAUGGUGCAACCCUAAUUAUUACAUCAGCAAUUUCUUGGCUGUAAAUAAAGGUUCUUACUUUAAGUCA